AUGUCACAGCAAGCCUCUUCGGUGGAUUUUUCUAAUCUACUGAAUCCCCAGAGCAACCCAUCCACCCCUGUGGACCCUUCCAACAGCUCUCCCACCCAGCCGAGUACGCAGCCUACAAUGGCGACCGGCACAAGUUUACUGCCCCCGAUGAUGAAGGGUGGCCGUCCUGCCGCGGAGGAGCCUCGCCAGGAUCUUCCCCGUCCGUAUAAAUGCCCACUAUGUGAACGUGCUUUCCACCGUUUGGAACACCAGACGAGACACAUCCGCACGCAUACCGGAGAAAAGCCCCAUGCCUGCCAGUUCCCCGGCUGCUCGAAGCGCUUCAGUCGCUCCGACGAGCUCACUCGCCACUCGCGAAUCCAUAACAACCCCAACUCAAGAAGAGGCAACAAGGCACAGCACUUGGCUGCCGCGGCUGCUGCUGCUGCCAACCAUGAUGGCACUGGAAUGCCCAACAAUGCUGGAUCGAUGAUGCCUCCUCCCAGCAAACCGAUCACUAGGUCUGCUCCGGUCUCCCAGGUUGGGUCUCCGGAUGUUUCCCCUCCGCAUUCGUUCAGCAACUACGCUCAACACAUGCGCUCCAAUCUGAGCCCAUACGCUCGUAAUAAUGAUCGCGCUGCAUCGGGAAUGGACAUCAAUCUCCUUGCUACUGCCGCAUCCCAAGUUGAGCGUGAUGAGAGUUUCGGAUUCCGCUCCAGUCAGCGCAACCACGUGUUUGGCGGUCGCCACCCCACUAGAGGCGGACUGCCCUCUCUUUCAGCCUAUGCACUCGGCCAGAGCAUGAGCCGCUCGCACUCGCACGAAGAAGAGGACUCCUAUGGAUCACAUCGCGUCAAGCGCUCAAGACCCAACUCGCCCAACUCUACUGCUCCUUCUUCGCCUACCUUUUCUCAUGACUCCCUCUCCCCCACGCCCGACCACACGCCGUUGGCUACACCCGCCCACUCACCACGGCUGAAGCCUCUGAACGCAAACGAGCUGCACCUGCCUUCGAUUCGUCACUUGUCGAUUCACCACACCCCGGCGCUCGCCCCAAUGGAACCCCAGGCUGAUGGACCUAAUUACUACAACCCCAACCAGCCUCAGGUCGGACCAAGCAUCAGUGACAUCAUGUCUCGACCUGAUGGUGCCCAGCGGAAACUUCCUAUACCGCAGGUUCCUAAAAUGGCGGUUCAGGAUCUGUUGAAUAACAGCGGAUUCUCUUCUGUCUCUUCGUCGACAGCCAACUCGGUCGCGGGUGGUGACUUGGCUGAGCGGUUCUAA